AGAUUUUUUUUAAGUAAUAAGUUGGCGCUAGGAGAGACUAACUGGCUAACCAACUAGCACGAUGGAGUCUGAGGCCUUCUUGCCUCAUGCUUGUCCGUAUUGCCUGGUAAUAUUGCCCGACCUGGUAGAUAUAAAUCGCCGAUCCCUCCCCUGCUGCUGUGUGUUCCUGUGUGCCAUCCUCGACAACCAAAAUGCCCAUCUCUACCAGAUUCCACAAGAUCGUGGGCAACAAGACGGCCGAUACGCCUGAGGCGAUCGACGUCCCCGCCCAGCGGGCGGCGGCAGACGACAAGGAGAUCGGCCCGGCCCCCAUCGUCGUCAAUGAGAUCCCUGAGAUCCCCCCGGACGAGAAGGAGAUGAGGCCGGCGACCGAUGCUCAGACGGGUGUCCAGAAGAUCGAGGCCGUCACGCUGGCCUGGGGAAAGACCUCCCUAUACAUCAUGCUGGUCUUAAUCUGGCUGCUGAACCUGGUCAACAACUUCCGAGCCACCGUGCUGGUCAGUCUGGCCCCCUACGCGACGAGUUCGUUCCUGGGCCACUCGCUGCUCACCGUCAUCACCAUCGUGGCCUCGGCCAUGGCGGGCGCCGUGUACAUCCCCAUGGCAAAGGCACUGGAUCUUUGGGGCCGUGCCGAGGGCUUCCUCGUCAUGAUGUGCUUCUCCAUUCUGGGCAUGAUACUGCUGGCCUCGUCCAAGAACCUGGCCACCUACUGCGCCGGCCAGGUCUUCUACGAGAUCGGCUUCGCCGGCCUGGGCUUCACCUGGGACGUGCUCGCAGCGGACGUGACCAACCUGCGCAACCGUGGUCUCGGCUUUGCCUUCACCUCCUCCCCGGCCAUCAUCUCUGCCUUUGCCGGCUCCAAGGCUGCCCAGGACUUCCUUGACUACGUCUCCUGGCGCUGGGGAUACGGCUGCUGGGCCAUCAUCCUGCCUGUGUUUGCCCUGCCCAUCUACUUCAUGCUCGCCUGGAACCUGCGCAAGGCCGAGAAGAACGGCAUCUUCAUCCGCGAGAAGAAGCAGUGGAACUUCAACCUCAAGACCAUCUGGUGGGUUAUCAUUGAAUUCGACCUGCCUGGAGUGUUUCUCUUUGCCUCCGGCUUCAUCAUCUUCCUGCUGCCCUUCACCCUCGCCGCGACGGCCCCCCACGGCUGGGGAACAGGAUACAUCAUCGCCAUGAUCGUCGUCGGGUUGCUGCUCAUCAUCGGCUUUGGUGUCUACGAGGGCCUCAUCGCCCCCGUGCCCUUCCUCAACUACAAGUUCCUCACUGACCGCACUAUCCUGGGCGCCUGUCUGCUCGACAUGAUCUACCAGAUCUCCUAUUACUGCUAUGCCAGCUAUCUCACCUCUUUCCUGCAGGUGGUGUAUGAGGUUGAUGUGGCCACAGCCGGAUACAUCAGCAACAUCUUCGAUGUCGUCUCUUUCGUCUUCCUCUUCCUUGCGGGUUACCUCAUCCACCUCACUGGGCGGUUCAAGUGGAUUCUCUGGUUCUGUGUGCCCCUGUACAUCCUUGGUCUCGGCCUGAUGAUCCAUUUCCGUCAACCAGGCGGGAACAUUGGCUAUAUUGUCAUGUGUGAGAUCUUCUUCUCAGUUGCCGGCAGUAUCUUCAUUCUCUGCGUCCAGCUUGCUGUCCUUGCCUCGGUCGAUCACCAACAUGUCGCGGCUGCUCUCGCCCUGCUCUUCAUCAUGGGCAGCAUGGGUGAUUCCAUUGGUGCCGCCAUCUCCGGUGCCAUCUGGACCAACACCUUCCUCAAGCAGCUGGAGAAGAACCUGCCUGCCUCGGCCCAGUCGGAUGUUCUGCUCAUCUAUGAGAGUCUGACGGAGCAGCUUUCUUACCCUGUUGGCACUGCUACUCGUACCGCUAUCGUCGAGUCGUACGGGUAUGCCCAGACCCGCAUGCUCGCCGCGGGCACUGCCGUUAUGGUGCUCGGCUUCAUCUUUGUCGGCAUGAUGAAGAACCUCAAUGUCAAGAACAUGACCCAGACAAAGGGUAAUGUCUUGUAGAUUAUCGCGAGGGCCGGCAGUCAACCCAGUCAUUCUCCUCUUACUCCGAUACUAUGGUGUGCUUAAUUAAUAGUGCCUAUCAAUGCCUUGAUAGGGCCGUUAGAAUUAUAUUUGAUAUACUAAAGAGGUGAUAGAUUUCUAAACAUAUGCAGAUCUGUCUAUAUUAAUAUAUUUACUCAACUUAAUUAUAGAUAAUACCUAAAGAG